AUGCCAAAAAAUAAUAUAAAAUACAAUAAAAAGGCACAUUGUUUGCCGAUCACAGACGCAGCACAUACACCUUGUUUUCUCUUCUGCUUCUUGGAUUUUCCCAAAACCCAGAUGGAAACAGUGAAUGAUGCUGCCCUUGCUGUGGUGCCACAAGAAACCAUGGACAAGGUAUCCGAUGUGGAGAGUUAUAACCAACGGGUGGAUGAGAUUUUCAAAAAAGUUAAUCAGCUAGAGAAAAACUUAAAUGAGGUUGAGCAAUUUUAUUCAUCUGCCAAUAAAAAGCAGCCAAUCACUCCAAAAGGUAGCUCAGUUCUGAAGGAAAAAGAUAGGGAGAAGCUGUUUGCCAGCUUUAAGAGGAGGCAACAAGAUGCAGCCACUAGGGAAGCAGCUGCUGGUAAGAGAAUGCAAGAGCUAAUGCGCCAAUUUGGAACAAUAUUACGCCAGAUAACUCAGCACAGAUGGGCAGGACCAUUUAUGCAACCUGUGGAUGUGGUAGGUCUUGGUUUGCACGAUUACUAUGAGGUUAUUGAGAAGCCCAUGGACUUCAGUACUAUUAAAAGCAAAAUGGAGGCUAAGGAUGGUAACGAAUAUAAGAAUGUAAGAGAGAUUUGUGCAGACGUGAGGUUGAUAUUUAAGAAUGCGAUGAAAUAUAACGAGGAAAGGGACGAUGUCCAUGUGAUGGCCAAAACUUUGUUAGAGAAGUUUGAGACAAAGUGGCUGCAACUCUUGCCAAAAGUUGAUGAAGAGGAGAAAAGACGGAAAGAGGAAGAAGCAGAGAUGCAGCUAGAAAUGCAGCUCACUCAAGAUGCUGCUCAUGCCAAAAUGGCCAAAGAUUUAAGUGGAGAGCUGGACCAGGUUGAGAUGAAUCUGGAAGAACUCAGAGAUAUGGUACUUCAGAACUGCAGAAAGAUGUCGAUUGAAGAGAAGAGAAGACUUAGCAGUGCUAUUGCCAAGUUAUCUCCCGAGGAUAUCGACAAGGCAGUGGAAAUCGUUGCCCAGAGUAACCCGGACUUUCAAGCAGCCCGGGAAGAUGUGGAAAUUAACAUGGACGUUCAGAGUGAGUCGACAUUGUGGAAAUUGAAGUUUUUCAUAAAAGAUGCACUACAGGGACAGGGGAAGAAUUCAUCAAACAUCAAUGAGGAUAACCAAAACAACAAUAACAAAAGAAAAAGAGAGAUUUGUGAUGCCCUUGCCAAGACUUCCCAGAAGAGGAGCAAAAAGUUCCCUGGCUGA